CCUUCUGAGAAGCUGGGACUACAGAUAAGAGCCACCUCACCAGGCUAACUUUGGCUUCUUUGUCAUUUCAGGUUACUGGCAUCUUGCCAUGCUUGCUUGAUGGUGAUUGUUUUAUCAGGUCCAAUUCUUCAUCUCUAGAGCUUGGAAUAUUAUUUGAACUUGGAAUUUCUUAUAUUCGCAAUUCCACUGGUGAAAGAGGAGAGUUAAGUUGUGGCUGGGUAUUUCUUAAGCUGUUUGAUGCUGGUGGCGCUCCUAUUCCAACAAAAACUUAUGAACUCUUCUUGAAUGGUGGCACUCCUUAUGAAAAAGGUGUUGAAGUGGACCCUUCAGUAUCCAGAAGAGCACAGGGCAGUGUCUUCCAUCAGAUGAUGAACAUGCGAAGGCAGCCUCAACUUCUAGUGAAACUGAGGUCUCUGAACAGGAGAUCACGAGACAUGCUAAGUCUGCUGCCAGAAACAUUGAUUGGAAGUAUGUGUUCCACUCACCUGCUGAUAUUUUACCGACAAAUUCUUGGAGAUGUGCUCCUGAGAGACAGAACAAACCUGCAGAGUGCUGAUUUAAUUAGUCAUCCAGUGCUGGCCACCUUUCCCAAGCUUUUGGAGCAGUCUGAUUUGAUGGAUGCUCUCAGGAGUGCAUGGGCUGAGAAAGAAAGCACACUGAAAAGAUCAGAGAAGAGAGACAAAGAGCUCCUGAAGGCCAAGUUUCUCCUGGUCUACCAUGACUGUGUGCUCCCGCUUCUGCAUUCUACACUCUUGCCCCCAUUCAGGUGGGCCGAAGAAGAGACCGAGGCUGCUCGAUGGAAAGUCAUCGCUGACUUCCUCAGGCAAAACCAAGAGAAUGAGGGUGCCCUGCAAGCUCUGUUGUCGCCAGAUGGAGUCCAUGAGCCUUUUGACCUUUCAGAGCAGACCUAUGACUUUUUAGGUGAAAUAAGAAAGAAUUUGGCUGGAUAGUGGCAGCCUUGGCCCCCAGCUUCCCACUAGAUCUUGUGAGCCCCCGUGAUGACUUGAAUCAAAUGACAGAACCAAAA